AUGGCCAUAGAUUUUCAAUGAAUUGCAUAAACAUCAGCAUUGUAGAGGUCAACCGAGCUUCUGCAGUGUUGCAGAAAUGUAGAUAUUAUCCUCCAGAUAGGUCAGCAUAUCCGAAGCAGGGGUGAUACAAGGAUACAGGAAAUGCCUGAGGGAUACAAAGUGGCAGCUCCAAUGUCUUGUGCUUUAGCAGCAUAGUGAAUAUAAACCACUGACUUGUCAAUGAGGUACAGAGGUAAACAGCUCAUACCAUGGUGCCAUGGAACAUCAUGUCUCUACCGUUUCAACAUCACUGGAACGGUUAGAGGGACAGUGUAUUUCAGCAGGACCUACAGCACACAACAACAUCCGCCAUCACGUCCAAAAGAUGACAUAGCGGACAAACCUGUUGUUCCUAUUCAAGAGCGUGCCGUGGCUACAAUACAGAAUCUGACUGACUUGGGGAAGCAGUGGGGACAGAAAUCUGUGAGCACAGCGUCACAGUGGGGGCAGAAGUCUAUGACCACUGCCUCAAACACAGUUAACUACUGGUGGGAGAGGUACGAGGAGUUUGUCGGCCUGAAUGAAGUCAGAGAUGCUCAGUCUCAAGUCACAGAGGCAGAGAGGGCCUUCAUGGUGGCCAGAGGGAUGGUGCGUGAGGCCCAUGGCAGCCUGGAGGCCCUACAGGUUAGGCUGAAGGAGGUGAGAGACCGACUGGAUCGGGUCUCACGAGAGGAGGCCCACUACCUGGAGCUGGCCACGCUGGAGCACAAGCUGCUGCAGGAGGAGCGUCGCCUGCGGACAGCCUACGAGAACGCAGAGAGUGCAGAACGAGAGAAGUUUGCCUUAUUCUCAGCUGGUGUGCGUGCGAGCCACGAAAAAGAGCGGACUCGGGCGGAGCGCACAAAGAACUGGUCCGUGAUAGGCUCAGUGCUCGGAGCUUUGAUAGGGGUCAUGGGGUCAACCUAUAUCAACAGAGUACGCCUACAGGAGCUGAAGACCUUGCUACUGGAGGCUCAGAAAGGACCUGUUAGUCUACAGGAGGCUAUAAAAGUCCAGGCCGGUAUGCAUAAGACACAACAACAGGAGCUGAGAGGCCUUAUAGACACCCUGAGGGUGACACUUCAGCAUAGAGCAGCUCAGGUGGUGGCUGAGAAGGAGGAUGUGAAGAAGCCAGUGGCAGCUCCUGUUCCGGUUCCAGAACACAUCGUGGUUCCACCUCCACACCAGCCUUCUCCGAGUGCCUCCGAGACAGUUCUGAAAGAGAUAUUGCUUUAUAGUCAGAAAGCACAGAGUCUUGUAGAAGGCAUCCAGCCACAGCUAGGACAGCUUGAACAGAGUGUUGGGAAGGUGGAAUCGGAACUUCUGGCUGUUCAAAAUUUGAUUGAGACUUAUCAUAGGGAAGAAAAGCAGUCAGUAGUUAUAAGUCAGCAAGAUUCACAGAUGUUUGUUUGCGACACUAAGAGCGUUAUGCAAGGUCUUGACCAGACGGAGAAAAGACUUGAAGCCUCAAUAGGCCAGACUACCAUGUACAACACUGUUCUGGCAUACGGUGCGCUUGCUGUCACUGUUCCUGCACUGUAUAUCCUCUUUAGAGGUGUUUAACUAAUGUUAUGUACUGUAAGAGAGUGAUAUUAAUCUUACAAGGUCCAUCUUGAUUUACAAUGAAAUGAUUACAAAUUAAUAUUGUGAUUGCUGUUCAUGUUUUUACUACAGGUAAAAUGAACCAUGCACUGAUGUGAAAUCAAUUACUUAAAAUAAAAAUAAUUAGAGUGCUGUAUCUAUAUGAAAAUCAAAUGUAAUACAUUGUAAAAUAUUUGAAUUAGAGUACUAUCUAUUAUACAUUGUCAAAUAUUUAGUCAUGUUUUUAAUGUAGAUUGUUCUAUACAUUGUUGCAAAAAUAAUUUCUCAUUCCAGUAAAAAUUAGCGUAAUAUAUCAUGUGUAUUUCAUAAAGAAAAUAUGGUUAAUAUGUGAGAACACGGCACAAUUCUAUUUCUCACGUCUUCAGUAAAACAACUGAAAAUCAGUUACCCGGCUUGCUGGGUGAAACAAAUCGAGUGUAUCCAAAGGUACAUCCGGCAUUACAUUAGAUUGGCCUUUCACAGAGUACUCCGACCAAUCAUAAUGCUGCUCUUUGGUUCUAAUAUUACAUAUUCAUGACAUUUCGCGCGCUUUCUAUAUCACGUGACGAUUUCGCGCGAAAAGUAAGUGUGGUAAAACAAAUGUAAAAAAAACAUUUGCGUGGAAGCAAUAGAGAAGCAAGCACGAAAUAAUGGCGGUGAGUGAUUAUUGUCAAAAUCAACAAUAUAUUCACAUAUGAUGUUUCAACAUAUUUCUUAUUUGACAGAUAGGUGAUUGUUGUUUUUGAUUGUUUAUUUCACGUUUAUCUAUUUCACUUGCUUUGGCAAUGUAAACCUAUGUUUCCCAUGCCAAUAAAGCCCAUUGAAUUGAAUAGUUGUGUAUGUUCCUUGAUAAAUUAGCCGAGAAUUUC